AUGAACUGCAAGCUAAGCCAAGUAAGGUUGACACUUUUUUACACCAACUACUUUCUUUUCUCUCUCAAGCUUAUCCCUCUCCACCACUUGUUCUUUCUUCUCUUUUUUUGUUAUAUCCAAAACACAACUAAGAAAGUUUCAGUUACAAGAAAAAAGAAGAAGAAGAUGAACAACGGUUGUGAACAACAACAGUACAGUGUUAUUGAGACACAGUACAUAAGAAGACAUCACAAACAUGAUUUAAGGGACAAUCAGUGUUCCUCUGCUCUUGUCAAACACAUCAAAGCACCAGUUCAUCUAGUUUGGUCUCUAGUUAGAAGAUUUGAUCAGCCACAGAAAUAUAAACCAUUUAUUAGCAGGUGUAUUAUGCAAGGGGACCUUAGUAUUGGAAGUGUAAGAGAAGUGAAUGUUAAAUCUGGUCUUCCAGCUACAACAAGUACUGAGAGGUUGGAACAACUUGAUGAUGAGGAACAUAUUCUUGGUAUCAGAAUUGUUGGUGGUGAUCAUAGACUGAGGAACUAUUCCUCCAUAAUCACAGUCCAUCCGGAGGUUAUUGAUGGAAGACCAGGUACAAUGGUGAUUGAAUCAUUCGUCGUGGACGUGCCUGAAGGGAACACGAAGGACGAAACUUGUUACUUUGUGGAGGCGUUGAUUAGGUGCAAUCUAAGUUCUUUAGCUGAUGUCUCGGAGAGGAUGGCCGUGCAGGGUCGAACCGAUCCUAUCAAUAUCAACCCAUAAGAAUGUAUAAAGGGAGAAAGAAGUUGAGUUUCAUCAUGCAAAUUAUAUGAACCUUUGAUUUCUGAUCCCAAGUCCAAGUGUGGAGAAUGGUUGGAAUAUGAAUUUUCCUUCCUGUGUUCCUCAAAAGUUUUGGAUGUUUAUUUUCUUCCUCUUAUCAUGGAUACAUUCCCCAAGUCCUCCAAUUUAUUUAGUUGUGUAUUCCCCUUUUGAAAAAUGAAGUUUCUCUUCUAAAGAUUUUGGGCUGGGAUCCUCCUCUAUGGCACUGAAAAAUUCUAGUAGGAGAGAAAAAGACUUUGUGAAUAAAAUAAUAUAAUCUUAUUUACCGAGUUUUUCUCUUUGACUAGAAUUUUUCCGUCACCAAAAAGGAUCUCACGUCUAGUUUUUUUAAAAUGAGAAUCUAGGCUUCAUAAGCACUUGUUGGACUGGGAGUGGGAAAGUUGUUUUUUUUCCUCUUGUUAAAUUCUUCUUGGAUCUUGUGGAUGAAGUUGUGUUAUUACAGUUAUUUGUAAAUACUUUUGUUGGGAAAAAGACUAUUUAUGGAGUCUUUUUA